AUGGCGGCCGAACAAAGAAAACUGCUGGAGCAGCUUAUGGGCGCGGACCAACUCAUUGGUAGCGGUGCCCAGGGUCGCAAUUCUCAGCUUUCCAUCACAGAUCCCAAGGUCUGCCGUUCCUACCUAGUUGGCACCUGCCCGCACGACCUCUUCACCAACACGAAGCAAGAUCUUGGCUCAUGCCCGAAAGUACAUAGCGAGGGAUUGAAGACCGAGUAUGAGACAGCAUCCUCAGCAGAAAAAGCAAAAUGGGGCUUUGAAUUCGACUACAUGCGCGAUAUGCAAAAGUACAUUGAUGAUUGUGAUCGGAGGAUCGACUCAGCCCAGCGCCGUCUGGAGAAAACCCCGGAUGAGAUUCGACAAACCAAUAACCUGGUAUGCAAAGUCCCAUUAUCUUUGUAUGCAGUUCUAACUCCGAUUCUCGUUUCGCUACAGCUUAAACAAAUCGCCGAUCUGAACAACACAAUCAACACCGGCCUUCUGGAAGUCUCCGUCCUCGGCGAAACUGGAUCCGUCGCAAUGGCCAUGAACGAAAUGCACAAAGUCCGAACGACAAAACAUCAGAAGGAAAGCGCCGAACGAGACCUCAAGAAUUUGCAGGAUACAUCUGGUCCCUCCGGCCACCAGAAACUACAAGUUUGCGACGUCUGCGGUGCCUACUUGAGUCGACUCGAUAAUGACCGACGACUGGCCGAUCACUUCUUUGGAAAGAUGCAUAUGGGAUACUCGGAUAUGCGCAAGACCUGGAAGAAGCUUAGUGCUGAGCUUAAGGGUCGUGCGCCCCCGGUGCGUCAACAUGAAGAAGAGGACCCCUACAGUGCAGGGGGUCGGCCAAAUGCUGGCCGUGGUCCGCGGUAUGGUGGUGGCGGUGGCGGAGGAGGAGGAGGAGGAGGAGGAUACAGACGUCGGGGUGGACGGUGGUGA